AUGCCUCCAUCUUCUGUUGAUGCCGCAGACCUUCCCGCACGAGCCGGCCUUCGACCGGAAGACCUAACGACAUCAACGUACACCGAUAAAGCCCAGGAGUGUCAGAUUUUGAAGGAGCGGCUUGCUGCGGCGUUCAGGUUAUUUGCAAAGUACGGGUUCGACGAAGGUGUCGCGGGCCAUAUUUCUUUACGGGAUCCUGUUGAUAAAAGCACAUUCUGGGUGAACCCACUCGGCCUCCACUUUUCCCUCAUCAAAGCCAGCGACCUCAUCCAAGUAGAUGCAAAAGGAAAAGUAAUUGCCGGUGGUCCAAACCGCCGCUUAAACCAAGCAGCCUUUGCUAUACAUUCCGCGAUUCAUGAGGCUAGACCUGACGUGGCUUGUGCGUGCCACUCACAUUCGAUUUAUGGCAGGACCUUCUCGACUUUGGGGAGGGAGCUGGAUAUGAUAACGCAGGAUAGCUGCUCGUUCUACAAUGACCACGUCAUCUAUAGAAACUUUAAGGGCGUUGUUCUCGAAGAAGAGGAGGGAAUGAACAUUGCAGAAGCCCUUGGAGAUAAGAAGGUCGCUUUACUCCAAAACCACGGGAUCCUAAGCACAGGCAAAACAAUUGAAGAAGCUGUCUUCUGGUUCGUCUCGAUGGAGAAAUGUUGCCACACUCAACUCAUGGCUGAUGCGGCCUGUGCUGGAAGAGGCGGAAGUCCGAUCAAAAUUGCGGACGAAGAAGCAGCCACAACCCACAAGGUGAUGGGAUCUAUUAUGUAUGGGAGGAUGUCAGGAUUAGCACUUUUCGAUAUGAUUGAGAAUGAGACAGGGGGCCAGUACAAACUCUAA